CGUCGGGCGCGGGGCGGGCUGCCUUGCAGUAUGUGCGGCUCGGCCCUGGCUUCUUUUACCGCUGCAUUCGUCUGCCUGCAAAACUGCCACGGAGGUCCUGCCUCGAUUCUCCGGGCGGCCUGGGUGUUUUCUCUCGUUCUUGGAUUGGGCCAAAGUGAAGACAGUAGAUGUGCAUCUUCAAGCGUUGCCUCUUGUGCCAGGUGCCUUGCCCUGGGUCCGGAAUGUGGAUGGUGUGCUCAAGAGGAUUUCAUUUCAGUUGGAUCAAGAAGUGAACGUUGUGAUACUGUUUCCAAUCUGAUAAGCAAAGGCUGCCUGGUUGAGUCAAUAGAAUACCCAUCUGUACAUGUCACAAUACCAAGUGAGAAUGAAAUUAAUACUCAAGUGAUACCAGGAGAAGUGUCAAUCCAACUGCGUCCAGGAGCUGAAGCUAAUUUUAUGCUAAAAAUACACCCUCUGAAGAAGUACCCUGUGGAUCUGUAUUAUCUGGUUGAUGUAUCGGCAUCAAUGCACAACAAUAUAGAAAAGUUGAAUUCUGUUGGAAAUGAUUUAUCUAAAAGAAUGGCAUUUUUCUCCCAUGACUUCCGCCUUGGAUUCGGUUCCUAUGUGGACAAAACUGUUUCUCCAUAUAUCAGCAUCCACCCAGAGAGGAUUCACAAUCAGUGCAGUGACUACAACCUAGACUGCAUGCCUCCCCAUGGGUACAUCCAUGUGCUGUCUUUGACAGAAAACAUCACUGAAUUUGAGAAGGCAAUUCACAGACAAAAGAUCUCGGGCAACAUAGACACCCCUGAAGGCGGUUUUGAUGCCAUGCUUCAGGCUGCUGUCUGCGAGAGACAUAUCGGAUGGCGAAAAGAAGCUAAGCGAUUGCUGCUGGUGAUGACAGACCAGACAUCGCAUCUUGCUCUUGACAGCAAAUUAGCAGGCAUCGUGGUGCCCAAUGACGGAAACUGCCACCUGAAAAACAAUGUCUACGUCAGGUCAACAACCAUGGAACAUCCCUCACUUGGCCAACUUUCAGAAAAACUAAUAGACAACAACAUCCAUGUCAUCUUUGCAGUUCAAGGAAAACAGUUUCAUUGGUACAAGGACCUUCUACCCCUUUUGCCUGGCACCAUUGCUGGUGAAAUAGAAUCAAAAGCCGCAAAUCUCAACAACUUAGUAGUAGAAGCCUAUAAGAAACUCAUUUCAGAAGUAAAAGUUCAGGUGGAAAACCAGGUACAUGGAGUCCAUAUUAACAUUACUGCCAUCUGUCCAGAUGGGGCCCGAAAACCAGGCGCUAUUGGAUGUGGAAACGUGACAAGCAAUGAUGAAGUUCUGUUCAAUGUAACAGUCAUGAUGAAAAAAUGUGAUGUCCUAGGAGGAAAAACCUAUGCAGUCAUCAAACCUAUUGGUUUCAAUGAAACCACUAAAAUUCAUAUACACAGAAGCUGCAGCUGUCAGUGUGAGGACCAUAGCAGAUCCAAAGGACAGUGUGUCGAUGACACUUUCCCUGAUACCAAGUGUUCCCAGUGCGAUGAGAGUAACUGUCAUUUUGAAGAUCAUUUUCCAUCUGAGAAUUGCAAGUCACACAAGGAUCAACCUGCUUGCAGCGGUAGAGGAGUCUGCGUCUGUGGGAAGUGUGUGUGUCACGAAACUAAGCUCGGGAAAGUGUAUGGACAACACUGUGAAAAAGAUGACUUCUCCUGUCCAUAUCACCAUGGAAAUCUGUGUGCUGGGCACGGAGAGUGUGAAGCGGGCAGGUGCCGGUGCUUCAGCGGCUGGGAAGGGGAUCGGUGCCAGUGCCCGUCGGCGUCAGCCCAGCUCUGCGUCAAUUCCAAGGGCCAGGUGUGCAGCGGUAGAGGCACGUGCGUGUGUGGCCGGUGUCAGUGCACCGACCCCAGGAGCCUCGGCCGGUUGUGUGAGCACUGCCCCACGUGUCACGCGGCCUGCAGCGACAACUGGAAUUGCAUACAAUGCCUUCAUCCUCACAAUCUGUCUCAAGCUAUACUUGAUCAGUGUAAAACCACGUGUCCUCUCAAGGAACAGCAUCGUGUGGACCAAACACCAGAAUGUUUACCUGGCCCAAGCUAUUUGAGAAUAUUUUUCAUUAUCUUCAUAGUUACAUUUUUGAUUGGGCUGCUUAAAGUCCUUAUCAUUAGACAGGUGAUCCUACAAUGGAACAGUAAUAAAAUUAAGUCCUCAUCAGAUUACAGAGUGUCUGCCUCAAAAAAGGAUAAACUGAUUCUGCAAAGCGUUUGCACGAGAGCAGUAACCUACCGACGUGAGAAGCCUGAAGAAAUCAAACUGGAUAUCAGCAAAUUCAAUGCUCAUGAGACUUUUAGAUGCAACUUCUAGAAACAAGAUAAACACUUACUCUGUGGAAAACUGGAUUUUUAAAAAUAGUUGCUCCUAAAAUGUGUAGUUUUAAAAGUCACAGGAGGAGACAAGUCAAUGAAAAUCCUGCCCGUUCCUGGUCAUAUGCUUCUCCUUGCGACUCGUCGUCACGUGACUCACCUAGCUGCUGACUUUUUCAGAGAACAAUGUGUCUUACUACUGUGGAGACUAGUGUUGUGUAGCACUUUACUGUAAUAUAUAACUUAUUUAGACCAGCAUAGAAUGUAGAUCAUCUGAAGAGCACUGAAAACACUUUACAGGUACCUGCGCUUCCCAGACAGACGCGAUCCUCUGAGACAGGUGGGCAUCGCACCCUGUCACUACCAGGGUUCAGUCACCCUGCACAGAACCUACAUGUGAAAAGUUGAUCUGGAAGUCACAUUAUAAAGUUGCCAAACAAGUCAUCAAUUGGCACUCACCAGACCUGCACAACCAGCUGAGUAAGUGGUUUGUGCUCCACUUCUUUAGGUGAGGGCAGAGAAAACCUGAAGCCUAAGGAAUACUGUUUUUGAAAACGUGUACUUUUGAUGCAUGUGUGUUUCUUGUUUCCUUCUUUUUACAAAAUGGACACUAAUACUAACAUUCUAUCUAUCCUUUUUCGCAUUUAUAUUUAGUUUUUCUCCCUUCUGGACUAAGUUUGUAUAGUUGUCACAGAUGACUGGAUUAAAUAAGUGCUAAGUUACUACUGCCAUAAAGACCUAUAUAAUUCAAUGUCACUUUAUUUAAUGCUGGUUUUAAAAGCUGAAUGUUAAUAAGGGAAACUGUAAAGUACUAGCUAAGCCCGAACAGCUUCUUUGUUUGAAGAUGUUGUUUUCUGUUUUCUUACCUGUUAAACUGGAUGGAUUGUUUUACUGUUUCACUGGUCUAAUCUCUUAGUGAGAUCCACAAAAUAUUUAGAAAUGCUGCCUCAAAGAAAGUACCCUUUUCUUACCACAUUUUCUUUUUUUGCUGUUGUUUGUUUGUUUUAUACUCCAAGUAGAUAUCAACUUUUUGUUUUCAAAUGAAUGGCUUCAUUACUUUUGCAUGUAGCUGAAGACAUUCUCUUAACCAUUCCAACCCUAUUCACCAGAAAUAAUAAAAGUAGAAUAUGGGAGGAUAGUAGGGUGGACAUAAGCUAAUCCCCACUCUUUGUUAGGAAACAAGGCUCAGGCAGUUAAUGGGUCAGUGAGAGUGGCAGUAGAAGAAAGGAACCGCCAUGCAAUGGCCACUCCACCACAUCAUGCUACCUCUUGAUCUUUAAAACAUCCAACUGGCAAAUAUUUUUAAAGAUGAUUUACCCAAGUCUUAAGCCUAUUUGCAUGAGAAGACUCUGAAGCAAAGUAGAAAAGGGUAAUUCCAGCAGAAGUGUAUAUAGUUGGCUUCUGAUCUCUCCCAUGCAUCACUUUUACAAAGAGACUGCAGGAGGGCAGACAGGUGGCCCUCCACAAGGUAGCCUGUAUGCCCAGCAUUCCCCACGGUUGUACACUGUUCUACCUGACGCAGAUGGAGGCAGACCCAGGCAGUCUAACAUCCAGCUGGCCUGCGUGCAGUACAGCCUUUGACCUGUGGUAAGCGAGAAAUUGAUUUAAAGUAGUAUCUCUCAAUUAAUCUCCCAGAGUUACUGCCUUCUGGCACCUGAAAGUUCUAGAUAUCUGUCUUUCGAUGAAGGCUAAGUUCCUCUUUAUUCCACCCUUAAGAGUGUUGAGAAACCUAUUAGCUGUUCUACAGCCCCAAACCACAGCAACUCACUUGGCAGUCCUCGGCAGCCAGCAGUGAGGAUGCCAGCCUGAACUGCAUGUCUCCCCAAGCAAGAGACAGAAGUCAUUGACAGAUUCAGGACGUUGGCAUAUUCAUAUUGUGUAAGAAAACUUAAGUGAUGAAGGUAGUAUAAAAAUUGUAUUUUGUUGCCUGUCAGAUAUAGCAUCCUUUUUUAUAAAUAAAUAAAUAAGUGGAUGGAUGACAACUGCCCCAAAGGAAAAAGUAAAAGAUACCUAUUAAUUAAAAUGCCCACAAUUAUUAGUGAGUAUUUCAAUGAAGAUGAACAAUAGACUAAUUUCCACAUGGAAUGAGUGGAAGGGUGUAAUUAAAUGAAAUCUUUAGAUGGUAAGGAUUCAUAUUCUUUAGAUUCUCAUUAGUUUGCACUAACUCUAAAAAUGACUGAGGCUGUUACCGCAGAAAGGAAGAAACUUCCUUGUAGGCAACUCAGUGCUGGGUGAUAAUAUGUACUUAUGCCUGGAAUGUCUUAUGAUUUUUAUCUUUUUUUUAACUUAAAGAGCUAAUUCUUAAAGAUUUUAGGGCUUAUAUUUUACUUGAAUAAUUAAUGUUCUUCUGUAUAAUAGUUUGUGAUAAUUAAUAUUUGAUUAGUUGGAAUUAAUCAAAAGGGGAAACAGGGUAUCUGUAGAUUGAAUAAUUUAUGCACAAAGAGCCUAUUUUCAAGUGCUAUGACCACAGGAGCCUUUUGAGAUUCACUGAUGUUAAAUGCAACUAAUUAUAAUCGGUAACAAAAUUAAGAAUUGAGUACCCUUUUGUAAGGCGACAAUUUUUGUGCCCUAAAACAUGUAAUUAUUAAGAAAUGUGUUGUAAUACACUACAAAAUUACUGUAUGCAGUUAACAUCUUCUCCGACAGCCUUACACUGUAGUGUACAUGUAUUUAAAAACAUUUGAUAUGCUUCAGAGUUUUUCUACUAUUUAUUAAUUCACAGAGAUUCUCUGGAAGUCUUAAAACUCCACUAAAAAUCUUAUUUUGUCCCAAAUGUCCAACUUAUCUUAGAUUUAUCAAAAUAACAACAAAAAUAGCUAGAUAUCUCUGACGGCAAGUUUUUCACAAUUCAAAAAUUUAAACUGUGAUGCAACAGAUGAAAUACUUCACCAAAGAAUAAAUCUGAAGUAUUUUAAAACUUAAUCUCUAUUUAAAGAUAUUCUAAUGUUUAUCCAUAGUCACCCAUGAGACACUGAAAUACUUUAUGAUAUAGACUAUGAAUUUUUUUUUCCAAUGGAAUUAUAUUUCUUCUGGUAUCUCAUAGAAUAGAUAGACUGAAUGGUUUUUUCUUCCUUUCCUGACUUUUUUACUUCCCAAGAGGUAUCCACAAGCUUCAAGCCAUAACUUUAAAAAAAUAACAAAAUUUAAUGAUGUGUUUAAGUUCCUUGUUUUCAAAGAUCUUGUAGAGUCUAAGAUACAUUCGAACAAAGAAAGACCCAUUUGAAACUAAGAAUUUAAAAUUUUUUACAACUCAACUGCUUUACAUAUAUAUGUUUCCAUAAAAUUAGCAAGUGAGAUGCAGCUUCUUAGAAGUUCCCUCACGUAUGUGCUAAAUUCUCUCUUGUUUACUCCCAGCACUUAAUUGAUGAUUACCCUAAUCAAUAUUGGCCAUAAGAACUUCAUUUCAUACAGCACAAACCAUCACAAAGACCACAGAAUGAGUUUUCUUUAAAAAUUUUCCCAUUUUUCUUCUAUAAUUCCUCCAUGACAAACUAGUCACACAUAAUUGAUUACGCAUACCCUCAUGUAUGACUCAUUCAUUGUAGGACACACAAUUUUCCAACUUAGCAUCUCGAAAAUUUUCAUGUCUCUUCAAAUUGUUACCAUCAUAGGUGCAGUGUCUUAAACUGUACUUGAAUAAAAUACUACACUAAUUCAACUUAAUUAAACAUUCAUGGGCACAGAUUAUUUCUCAUCUUAUGAAUGUUUGUAAGUUCUUUUAUGAUACAUGUGAAGUCAAUUUUCAGUGCAACUGAAUAGCAUAUCACUUAAUGUGGAGCUCAGCCGGCUGAGGGGAGGCUCAGAUUGUACAUACCUGUAAGCUUCAGAACUCUCUCAGGCUCCUUGCUAUGUUUUAUGCUAGUGGUGAUGAUUUCAGCAAAUAUAAAUGAUGAAAAUGGGUAUUACAGUUCUCACAGUUUUGUUAACAAUUUUUUUUUUAGGUUUUCUGUUCCUUUUUGGGAUCCUUUUUUAUGAUCAUCUCACUUUUAAACAAAAUUAACUGGAAAAAUAUUAUAUGAAAUAAUCCUAGCUAGAUUUCAAAGCAUCUUGUAUGUGUUAUAUCAAUGGCAAGAGAAUAAUGUGAAAUAACCGGACUUGUGGAAAAUAGAUAUUCUCUCUGGUCCUUCAGCUCUCUUAUUUUUCCUUUUCCUUUCUGUUCUUUGAAGUUUUUCUUGGCUCUAAUAAAUUUUCCCUGAAGCCUAAGUAAUGACUAUUGUGAAACUGCCUUUUAAAAUUAUUUUUAAUUAUGUGAAACAAUUGUUCAGCUCUCUGGGCAGCUUUUAAGAAAAUACCUGAGUAAUAACACUAUUCUUGUAUCUACCUGAAACACCUUCCUGCAUAUAAUUCAUCCUGGUAAGCUAACUCUUUCAAUCAGGUUUCUCUUCUCUACAACCGAUUCAAUGAAAUUUGCUAACAAAUUUACACACACACACACACACACACACACACACACACACAUAUUUAAAACCACUGCAAUCAUAAA